CAGAACCGGACCGGAUCAGCUCACAGAGGAGUCCAGGAAGGAUCAGGAGGUGUUGGUUUCAUCCGAACCUGAUCAGAACCGGACCGGAUCAGCUCACAGAGGAGUCCAGGAAGGAUCAGGAGGUGUUGGUUUCAUCCGAACCUGAUCAGAACCGGACCGGAUCAGAUCACAGAGGAGUCCGGGAAGGAUCUGGACCACAGAGGCCCGUCUCGAGCUGCACAGGAGACGCCCUGCAGACAGCAUGAGGCAGUCCUGAGUGAGGAUGGACAGCAGAGGAAACAUUCAUUCCUCUGCUGAGGCAGCCUAACAACUCAACCGCCUGAGAAGAGGCUCAGUAUCUCAGACCAGCUUUUUCUACAACAUGAGGAGGACUGAGAGGAAACGAUGUUCUUGUUAACACAUGGUUGGUCGUCAGCAGCUCUCUGUUAGAGUCUGAGUUGGCCCCAGUGAGGCUGCAGAGCUGAGGGGCAGAGGGGAAGGAGCAGAAGACCAGAGAGUAGGAAGAGGCAGGAAGACUGACGGCCUCCAUGCAGGCACGUAAGAAGUAUGUUCUGUUGGGCUUGUGUGCAUGCUGCUGGCUGAUCUUAUUCUACAGCAGUGGAGGAGUUCAAAUCCAGCUGCUGCGCCUGCUGACACGUCACCGGGCAGAUGUGCUGCACCACUGGCCCAACUGGACUGAUCAGGCCUUCCUUCCACACUAUGCCCACCUGGAAGAACUCCAGACAGACCCCGGCAUGGCUGAGUCCCCUGAGCAGCGGCACCAGGCGUGGCCAGCCAUCUAUAAAGACAGCCGCUGCCGCAUGGAGACAUGCUUCGACUACUCUCKGUGUCAGCGCAGAGGCAGGGAUGGCUUCAGGGUGUACAUUUACCCGUUGGAGAAAAGUGACCGCGUGUCAGAGAGCUACAGAAAGAUCCUGACGUCUAUCGCUGAGUCUCGAUACUACACAUCUGACCCCCGAGAAGCAUGUCUGUUUGUACUGGGCAUCGACACUUUGGACCGGGACCAGUUGUCGGGACAGUUUGUGCCCCAUGUCGAUGAACGCAUUUGGAGCUAUCCACUGUGGAACGAUGGGAGGAACCACCUCAUCUUUAAUCUGUAUUCUGGUACCUGGCCCAACUACACAGAGGAUCUGGGCUUCAACAUUGGUCAGGCCAUUUUAGCCAAAGCCAGCCUGAACACGGAACAUUUCAGGCCAGGCUUUGAUGUCUCCAUUCCACUCUUUUCAAAGGACCACCCACAGAAGGGUGGGCAGCGGGGCUGGCUGCUGAGGAACACCACCCCGCCACGGAGGAAGUACCUGCUGAUGUUCAAAGGGAAGCGUUACCUUACAGGCAUUGGCUCAGACACCAGGAACGCUCUUCAUCACAUUCACAAUGGAAAGGACAUCGUCUCUCUGACAACGUGCCGUCAUGGGAAGGACUGGGAGAAGCACAAGGACGCUCGCUGUGAUCAUGACAACCUGGAAUAUGAGAGAUCAUCAAAGAUCGAGUCUUUCCACACACAUCAAGAAACCGGUACAUGUGGAACUCCCUGCCAGGAGGUCUGCUGGUCCUACCUGAGUACUCCACUCACCUGGCACACUUUCCUUUUUACUACCUGGGAUUAGGACUCAGUCCGGCUCAGGAGUUCACCGCUGUCAUUCAUGCGGUCUCUCCACUGGUCUCACAGUCACAGCCAAUCAUGAAGCUGCUUCAAGUUGUCUCCAAGUCCAAAUAUUGCUCACAGAUCAUCAUUCUGUGGAACAGUGAGAAACCUCCUCCCAUCAGGAGCAAAUGGCCCCCCAUGCCGGUCCCCCUCAUCAUCACAGAUGGCAAGAGGAAGACCACCAGCCGGUUUUUACCUCAUGUUGCCACAGAGACGGAGGCUGUGCUGAGUCUGGACGAGGAUACGGUCCUGCAGACCAGUGAGGUGAAUUUUGCCUUCCUGGUGUGGCAGAGUUUUCCUGACCGGAUCGUCGGCUAUCCUCCCCGGAGCCACUUCUGGGAUCCCCUGAAGCAUGCCUGGGGCUAUACGUCUAAAUGGACCAAUGAGUACUCUAUGGUCCUGACAGGAGCUGCCUUCUACCACAGGUACUACCACUACCUGUUCUCCCACUACCUGCCUCAGUCUCUGCGAGUGCUCGUGGACCGCACAUCCAACUGUGAGGACAUCCUCAUGAACUUUCUGGUCUCUGCUGUAACUCACCUGCCGCCCGUUAAAGUGGCUCAAAGAAAGCAGCACAAGGAGAUACCGGUCCCACAGGUCACCAAGAGCGUCCCCUGGGCCAACCCAGAACACUUCAGUCAGAGGCAGGAGUGCAUCAACACCUUUGYCAGCUGGUUUGGUUACAUGCCUCUGGUCCAUUCACAGUUCCGCAUGGAUCCGGUCCUCUUUAAAGACCAGGUUUCCAUUCUCCGCAAGAAAUACAAAGACUUGGAGCGGACUUAACUUAACAAACUGACAGGAGUCUGAGAGUCUUCUUUAGGGACCAUCAGGAAAGAAACAAAGCUCACUCAGCUGAGGACAGGUCCACAAGUGACGGAGAGAUCCCAGUGGUUCCAGCCAACAGCAAACACAGAACAGACAAGUCUGAAAGUUGUGUUUCGUAGGACUGAAGGUGCACAGUGACUCACUGAGAACAACAAAGCUGAGGACUGAUGGUUCCAGAAGRAGCAGCUGUGGUGCUGGUCAGUCCAGUGUCCCUCAGCAGAGACUGCAGCUGAGAGAACUGAUAAAUCCAGUCAAACUGUAAAACCAAUAAAGUCUUUUCUGAAACAGA